AUAGAACAAAACGAAAAGAUUCUAGAUCGAUUACGAUUGAGGUUGGCUGUUAAUCUGAGUCAGCAGCGGAUAGCACUACGUCGAGAUGAAUACAACGAAACAGCAUUACUAUUUAUUACUAUUACACCCUGAAAAUUAUGAUUCUCUAACUAAGACAUAGUCAUAGAAAUAGACUGUCACUGUUUUCAUCUGUUUCUUCACGCGGAUUUUCAUGAUACUUUUCGAGCUGAAGACAAUUCAUCGACGUAAAAUUGAAAAAUAGAUCCAAAAUGGACAGCAGAGGAUUUUCUCUUCACAACGCUGUAACAAGUGCCAGCAGAUUUUCGCUCCUGGCACUCGUGUCGGCCUCACCGACUAUUGCGGCGUAUGGCAUUGAUGCAGCGGGGAAUAUCGAGGAAAGUAGCUCCUUCGACAAAACAGCGUCAUUGAGCUCCGACUCCCGACUUAAUGACGUUGCAUCCCGACAGGAGGAGCCAAGUAGUGCGAGUAAUAGUACUCGUGGAGUCAAAUUGGAGGUGGCGAACAGUUGCUUGCUAGAGAAGGAGAAGAAACUACUGCCACCUUCUCGAAAAUGGGCAUCGAGAAACUUUGAGGACCACUGCCCUGCCUGGGUCAUCAAGACGACCGAUAUCUUGUGGAACAAAGUGCGGGAUUAUCGCGAACACGAAACAGCAUUUGGCCUAACUUCAGCAGCACCCGGAGGGAAAUUUCUACCCACAUCCCAAGAAGAAAACCCGCAAGAUUUGUGGUUUUUCCUACAGCACGACUCAGCUUCAGUCGACGAAAAGAUUGGAGCUGCUAGUCCUAGUGCCGAAGCACGGCGACUACUAAUUGAGGAGAAAUUGAUCGGGAAACAAGACUUGCAGGAGAUACUAGCUUCUACUUCUCGCACUGGUUCCACGCCGAGGAUAAGCUAUUCUUUUCAUCCUCCAGUGUCAACACCAGAUGACGACGCGCACUCCUCACCAACAUCAAGAACAAAGCCAGACGUUUCCGUGGGACUGAUAGAAGUGGCAAAUGGUGAAUCUACUGCGUCAACAGGAACUUUAUCUCCUCCAAUACUGCUAGAUGAAGACGCUAGGAAAAAGCAGGAGAAGAAAGUUGUUGACGAAAAAAAUUCAGAGUCGUCACCAUCAUCACAAAUUGCUGCUUCUUCUUCGUGGUUUCUGUUCCAUCGUGAUCCGACGCUGAAGUUACACCCGGAAACCGAGCUGGACCUGAAUGCUGUGCUACUGCAUUUUUUCUACAUUGAUUGGACUUCUCAUUCGAGUUUCGGAGUAGUGACGCAGGGUUUGGUCAACUUGAAGAAGUUGGUAGUGAACACGAAGCGCGACUACGUUGACUUAAAACUCUACAUCAGCGACAGUGGCUGCACCGGUAACGAUGUAGACGGCUACAAAACCUUCAUGCCGGACGUGCUAGUCGGGAUUCCAGCCGGCUCUGACACUGAUGAUGAAAGAACUCAACAUAACUCCAAGAAAAACACUACGGCGAAGAAGAUAUCGUAUUCCGGCACAGCGGUUUGCUACGUGCAGUAUGUGGAGCCAUAUGGCUACCAGUAUAUCGCAGAGUGGCUCUUGCAUGAUCAACUUUCAGUUUUAAACCAGAUGCGAGUCAAAAGCUUGCAAUUCCCAGACGGUUCGAGCGAGCUUUUUCCCAGCCAGCAUGCUCCUUUUGGAACAGACUUGAAGAUAAACAAGUCCGACAAGAUAUGAAAGAGAGAGGAAAAUGUAAAUGAGUUAUACAUAUCCAAAUAGUCUACUAGCACUUAUUACUACUACUAACACUAUCUACGACUAAGCACCAUAGAUGAAGAAGGAGAAGAAGUAGAGCUACAAGAAUUCCGAUACUGAGAAUGAUCUUACUUUUUAAUUUUAUUGCUUUCACUUCCAGUCUCACCCAAAUAUACGGAUACUCAUGGAUUAUACUCGAUUUGCUAGAUGUGAGAUAGAUUAGGGUACGUAGUUCUAGUACUAGUAGGUCUGUUCUUUUUCUUUCUUACAAGCUUGAGAAUCAAUACUCCUCUUUUGGCUUCAUUUGAUCUGGCGACGUCGACGGAGGAAGAGCAACCACCAGCCCUGCACGUGUCGCCGAACCAACAGUGUGAAGUGAAUUAUCCGAGUUGGGGAUGGCAAGCAGGUGAUCCGGUACUGAGAAAUCAGACGGAGAAGCAGCUACAAGCAGUGUUCGCUACAAAUCAAGACGGAAACUACGUACGAAGAACUGUGGCGGCUAAGACGGCGGUCGAGGUGUUGAAAAGUGAGCAGGAGACGGAGGAGGUAAUCAUGGGCUAGGCCACCAUGACUACACCACAUUGAAGAAUUUAACGACUGGUUUCGCUUUCGUCCGAUUCAUCGCAAGCGCUCCAGGUCCUGCAUGUUUCUACAACCAUAACUUCACUCGAUAAGAAUUUAUCCAUUUUUUGGUGGAGAAGCCACUUCCAUUGUGGUUAGCGAUAAAUGCCUAUCUUGAACCAAAGAAAGUGUGAAAAGGUCACCGACUUUUUCGCAUUACAAAUUUCUUUUUUCAGUUCCUACGCAUCGGCAUUCUUGUACGAGGAACGAGUACGUAUAACUAUACCUGUAUGAUAAAGACUAUGUCGUGCAAGGAGAAUAUGAUGAAUUUCAGGAUACUAGGCUGCAUAUGACAUUGUUGAAGAGACGAGUCUCAAGUAGAUCGAGAUGACCCGGACAAUAUCUGUCGAUCAGGAUGGUGCUGUUGCAAAAUGGACAAUCAGAU